GCCACCACCUCCAAACCAAGGAUGAAAGGAGGAACACACUGUAUAGCGAGAUAAGUGCAGACCAUUGGAUGGGCGUUCAUAUAGAGACCAAUAGUGAAGCGUGCAUCAGCCGCGAGACAAAAUCUAUAUUUGCUAAUAUUAUUAAACAACAUACACAUAGACCUAUUGACGGAUCAUGAUUAUUGACGCAGCUUAAUUAAAGUAUUCUAUAUCGGACCAUGGAAUGUUCUUUGUCGGGACUAUUGAGGUGCUUCGAUGCAUGAUAUAGUAAUGUUUUCAUGAGUACACUGUUGUGGAUGGGAUUGUGCUGCAAAAAAAAAUCAAAGCGUAGGCUAUAUGUUUAUGGAUUCGGGUAUUCACACGGCGAGGCCCCAUGGAACCUGCGACAAAUGUGGUUAUGGUGCAGUAAACUUCGAGUAAAGGAUGGUUAUGAAUGCGCGAAUUAAAUAGUGUCGGUACAUUGAAAUAAUAGAACAAUAAUGGAUGAUUUUUGUUACGUGAUAUAUUGCAUAGUGACUAUGCUUGCGCUGUAAUGCGAAGCUUACAUGGGUUUUGAUAUCGGCGUAUUUCUGUGUGUCAACGUAAACAUUUGGAUUAUCUUUGGCUGAACACAAUAACAGUUAGAGUUGUUAACCAAAGACUGGUUAGCUUUAAAUGGCUUGUCGUUAUUUAGCGCUUGGGAAUUCAUUAAACAUAAUGCCUUCUCUUCGUUUUGCUAAUCUGAACAUUACGUUUUAAUCUUAAAAAGAGGAAAAGUAGUGUGUGUGCGUUUGGGCUUUGCGCUCCUCAGGAAUCCUGUGAUUUGUGUGAUUGGCCAACAUCAACAUGCCCACCUCACGCUCUGGCGCCAGCCUGGUGGAAUACUGGGUGGAUGGAUCGCGCAGAGACGUCUCCAUGGAAGAGUUCUACACCAUGGGCCCUGAACUGGGAAGGGGGGCUACGUCAGUGGUGUUUCGCACUGAGGAGAAGCAGACACAGAAGCCCUAUGCUGCAAAGGUCCUGAAGAAGACUAUUGACAAGAAAAUAGUGCGGACUGAAAUUGGAGUUCUGCUGCGACUUUCCCACCCAAAUAUUAUCCGCCUGAAGGAGAUCUUUGAGACCGAGACAGACAUCGCCCUCAUCUUGGAGCUGGUGACCGGAGGGGAACUCUUUGACAGGAUUGUGGAGAGAGGGUAUUACAGCGAGAGAGAUGCUGCCCACGUCAUCAAGCAGAUUCUGGAGGCAGUGGCGUAUUUACAUGACAAUGGGGUGGUGCACCGUGACCUGAAACCAGAAAACCUUCUGUACGCUGACCUCUCUUUGGACGCCCCGCUUAAGAUUGCUGACUUCGGCCUCUCAAAGAUAAUAGAUGAGCAAGUUACCAUGAAGACGGUGUGUGGCACGCCUGGAUACUGCGCUCCAGAGAUCCUCAGAGGCAAUGCCUAUGGUCCUGAAGUGGACAUGUGGUCUGUGGGAGUGAUCCUGUACAUCUUGUUGUGUGGGUUCGAACCAUUCUUCGAUCCAAGGGGAGACCAGUACAUGUACAGCCGCAUCCUCAACUGCGACUAUGAGUUUGUCUCCCCCUGGUGGGACGAGGUCUCCCUCAACGCGAAGGACUUGGUCAGUAAGCUGAUAGUGCAGGACCCCCACAAGCGGCUGACGGUGAAGGAGGCUCUGGAACACCCCUGGGUACUGGGCAAGGCUGCCCGUUUCUCCCACAUGGACACGACUCAGAGGAAGCUACAGGAGUUCAACGCCCGGCGCAAACUCAAGGCUAUCAUGAAGGCUGUGGUGGCCACCAGCCGUAUGCACGAGAGCUCCCGGCGGCGCACGGACAGCUGCGAUAUGCCCGGCUCUGACAAGACCACCUCCAGGCAGAGCAGCAUGCAGCAGGACCCUCCCCAGGACUCCCUGGAGGGCCAGGCCUGCCAGGGAACGGACACUUCCCAGACCCAGGAGGACGACCAGUGCCCCCCGCCCCUCCCGCCACGCUGCCCCAUACCCCCCACCACCAACCCUCCUCUACUGGCUGGGGGUCUCUUCCCCUCCCGUCCACCCACCAGGCCCCCGCUAAGGGGAGUUGAUGGGCAGAGACAGAUGUCGGUUAUCCCCAAGACCGCAGUGGUACGGCCUAGGGUGCCCCAGAAGAGCUGCUCCUCGGUGGACUCCACCACCACCACCAAGCGGGAGCCGUCCUCCCCGGUCUUGACCACUCCCCCGAGCCCCAAAAACCUUGGCAACAGAUUUUCCAUGGGGGUGGAGUCUGGCAGCAAAACGGCACAGUGUCAAUGAGUGAGUGGCAGGUACCAAACAGUAUGAGCUCCUCACCUACUGUUGUCCUAAAAUGGCCAACGUCAUUGUGAGAGUCAGGUGAGAUGGUAGAUGACAACAUGGAGGAGGAAGGAUGUCUAAUCUCGUAAUAUCUGUAUCUGUUUAGACCGGGGACAAACGACUACUAUAUUUCCCUAGAUUUUUAUUGUUCCUCUCUGUGCGUAACGAGUUAGGAUACUCAUAACCAUUUUGCAAAUUAACUUGUAACUUUGGUCUAAACCUGGUUUCCAAGUUCCUGUAACCUCCUUAAUUUUCAUUGCUUUUCAAGACAAGGCCUCUCUGAACAGGACAAGGCCUCUCUGAACAGGACAAGGCCUCUCUGAACAGGACAAGGCCUCUCUGAACAGGACAAGGCCUCUCUGAACAGGACAAGGCCUCUCUGAACAGGACAAGGCCUCUCUGAACAGGACAAGGCCUCUCUGAACAGGACAAGGCCUCUCUGAACAGGACAAGGCCUCUCUGAACAGGACAAGGCCUCUCUGAACAGGACAAGGCCCAUCUGAACUAUUUUACUUCUAAGGCCACAUACUUUGUAUUCUCUGCACCUUUCUACAAUUCAAUGUUGGAAUCUACAGACUUCAUAUGCAAAUCUGUGAAUGCGUACACAUAAUCCUCUCAUUCAGGUAGUAAAGAUAUUGUAUUUGUGAGCUUAUGAAUGUAGUCAAGGUGUAUUGUAAUGUUUAUUUUGCAAUAAUGGUAUUGAUCUAAUAUUUGCACGGUAUACAUUUGAUUAAUCUACAUAGAUUACAACAAAAAGCAGUCAAACUGCACUUUUAUUCCUCUGGAAAUUUACAUGACUGACCAGAAUAGCUUGUUUGUGGCUCAAACCAAUUUUCCCUUCAUUCAUUGGUUGUAAAAAAAUGAUUGGGUAGUUACCCAUCUGCUGAAGGAACGCACAUCAUAUUCACCUCAUCUCUACGACCUCACUGGAGCUACCACUCUACCUCUGUGUGCAGGGGCUUCCAACCCAGUAAUGGCAAAACCUGUAAAGAAACUGUUGGACGAGGUGAGGUUAUGAGGCAAAGCACAGCAUUUCUGCAACAGAAUCAUAUUGUAAGUGGCCUGCGAGGCGAACCCUCGUUUUCAUUGGCUAAGGGCUUUUCUCAAUGGAACUCAAAUGAGUGUCAUUAAAAUAGUCCAUUUCCAUUUCAAGGGUGGCCCUUGAAGCCAUCUUCACCUGCUAUCUUGUAUUCUCACUCUAACAUUGCCAAAUAGUAAGCCUGCAUUAUACUGCUGACAUGUCCAUACAUGUAUAAACCAUUCAUUUACACCAAUGAAAUGUAUAAAGUAUGGCUAUUUUACUUAGAA